AUUUCGACACUUACAUUUUUCGAUUUUGUUAUUGAAUUUCGUGUUGAUAACUUUUUUUUUUAUCACAAAGGGCAUUUAUUAAUCUCUUUGUUUACAAUAUUGAGUUUUGAAACAAUAAUCUUAUCAACUUAGUUGAACUGUACGCAUCGAAGUAAUUUUCCUCAGCUGUUCGAACACCUUAAUAAAUUCGACAUUUGCUUGGUUCGAACGCGCAAACGAUGCGAAUAAGACAAGCGAAAAGAAAUAAUGAACAUUAACAAAGACGACGACAACAACGCCGCCAGAGGCCAAUGAAUAGCUGUGAUAAUCGAUAUAUUAUUUUAAUAUCGAAAAAAACACACAAUAAAAACGGGCCGAUUUUCAAGGAGAUCAUUUCGAACGAGACCUACAUAGCUUUAUUGUUAUUAAUUAUGUAACGUAGAACACAAUAUACGGGUUUAUUGGAGGUCAAUGCCUCAAAGUGAAAGUUUCCACCAACCACAUACACUUCACCAUACAAAAUGCGUCCAAUUUCAUUGCACAGUCGCAACGAGACAUGCAUGAUUGCAAUCGCACAUAUAUUGCCAAGUUAUGCAAUUUCGACCUUACUGCACCCAUUUCAGAACCAGAUUAUUUUCGAAACGAUGUCAAAAUUCUGUUCAUCUGGAAAAUUUUAAUUGCUUUUUUUUCGGCUAUCAAAAGCAAUUACUUUAUUCAUCAUUCAUCCAAAAUGAAAAAGGAAUAAUUAUGUGAGUCGCUUUCGGUUUGAUAACAAUGAUUCAGGCAAAAAUAUUCUAGCAGCGAUUUCAAUUCAGAAUGUUUAUUCAAUUUUCCCGGCAAAUGUGCAUCAAACGAUAAAAGUCAUAACAUUUCCAGUGCAUAAACAUUGAAUAUUUCACGAAAUUCCAGAACUGGCGUAGAGCAAUAGCCACACGACGAGAACGAUGUCGCAAAUCGAAUGACAGAUUGAGAUGUGUAUUUGUAACCAACUUCAAAGCAAUCGUAUUGUCUAUUUGCUGUAGUGGGACCGUACGAACACGCGCGCUUCUAUACAUAGCGCUCCAUAUACAACUGCAUAGCAGUGUAUUAGUUCGUCAAGCGAUCGCCAUUUUUAGUUUCUCACACACACGAUGUGUGUGGCGAUAAAUGAAAAGUCGGAAAUAAAAAAAGUUGAAAAAAAUCGUCUUAAAGUGUUUUAGUUCAUCGGAAAAAGGUUUUUUUUUCCAAUCAAUUACACCUUUAUCGCAUCGAAAAAUCAAUUUAAAACAGUGUUAAACAGAAAUUUAUCGUAAAAAAGCAGCACAUUUCUAGUUCUAGUUGAAAUUCUACAUUGAAAUAACGCAACAAAGCACUCAAUGUGUUCGCAAUAUAAGAAGUAGUGUCUUUACCAAUAUAUAAAUUAGCGCCAGAAAAACAAGUAAAGCCACAAAAUAAAGAAAAAAUUUAUUUCUUGAUGAACGUGAGUGUGUGAAACGAUUUAAAACAGUGGAAAAAAGACGUUUGCAAAAUGGAUGAAAACGAUGCACCGCAAAAUAGAAGCAAUGAUGAUGCUGAAUUAUCCAAAUCGUCGGAUGAACAUUCUUUUAUAGGCAAAAUGAAGUUUGGCGUAUCGAAAAUACUGCCAAAUUCAUUAUCCAAAUGGCUGUCACCAAAAGUAGAUGCAACCACUGCUCGACGACGUCGAUACAAUGAAAUCGAUUCAGAUGAAGAUGGUGGCACUAGAGAUGGUUCACCAUCGGUCACUGUAACAGACAGUCGAUACCAAACAACACCACAGUUAGCUGCACCGCCGCCAAAUAAAAAGAAGAAAACAUUUACCGAUUUUUUGAGUCGAAACACGCCUGAUUUAUACACGUCAACCGCCACCGCCGCUACAACACCGCUAAUCGGUGAACGAAGCAAUAUCGUUUCGUCGACAUUGAUCGAAGAUGUGCCUCAUAGAACAGAUAAUCAAUUCAAUCGAUACUUGCCACUUGAAAAUGGUCAACAUGCCAUCGUCACCUCGCACACAUUUGCCGAGGAUUCGCCGCAAGACGAUCGAUACAAUGACGAAGCGUCGUCAUCGCAGAGCCGUGAAAAGCCCACAAAUCCAUUCACCAUUAACAAUGAUUCGUCCGUGGUGAAUUUCUCCGCACAUUUACAACGAGCCAAAUCAUUAUUCACGAAUCGAUCGUAUGUGUCACCGAGACUCAAGAAUUAUCGUAUACGUAAUCCACGGUCAUCGUUGUAUCGAAGCACAUCUUCGCUGUGUGACAACAAUAGUGUAUCAUCAAAUGCAUCGAGUGCAAUGUCAUCCCCAUUUUACAAUGGUCAAACGACAUUCGGUGGUGCUUCGGCCACAUCGCGACGCAUGACACUGAACCAACAGGAUUUUCCAAUGCAUCAUCGACCAAAAGUACCAACCAAUUUGGUCACAUCGCGAUCCACAUCAUCGCUCAACACAAUCGGUGUCGGCGGCGCAUCGUCAACGUCGAUGUCAACCACGGCCAAGCGUAUACUCGAUGUAAUGAGCAAGUACAAUACACCGCUAACCGAAGUUCGUCGCAUUUCGAACGCUUUGCCCUCGAUAGCCGAAUCAAGUGUGCUGAAUAAACAUAAAUCGAUAUUGGAAUUGGAAACGACCGCCAAUGAAUUAGACAAGAGCAAACGUACAUUACUGAAACCAAACACGCCAUACAAUCGUCCGUUCGGCCGAAAUCCGGUCGAAUCGGUGCUUACAACUGAGCUUCAUGUUCCUUCGAUGCCUGAAUUGCUGCAGCUAAAGAAGUUCGCAACGAAUACAAUGAAAAUUCGCGAUAUAGCCAGCCAAUCGGAUAGCAUUUUGAAUAAGCCAGUUGCAAGGAAGGAGACAGCAGCGGCGCCAGUGCGAACAAUUGAUUUCCGAUUCACAAAAGCCGUAUCGAAUCGUGAUGGUGAUCUGGAUGCUAGCAACAACAAUAAAUUCGUAAACAACAAAAAUGACGCAAUAUCGAAUAGUGCAAAUGAUACGACUAAAGAGCACAAAAAUAAAAUCCGUAGCAAUUUAACCAAACGAAAAAUGGGCAAAUGUGCUGAUGAUGAUGCGAUGCCGGAACCGGUAGAUUUGCCAAAUAUCCCAUUGGUGAUGGAUAAAAAGGCUGAAAUUAAGUUCUCCGAACCGUUUAAAUUGCAAAAUACGGAAAAGACUGGCGGUCCAACGACGGAUAAUGGUUUGCAAAUUCCAUUUAAAUUCAAGAGUUCGAAUACAAAUACUCCCGUCGCUCCGGCCACAACAAAGGAGAAACGAACGAAUGGCAACGAUACUGAAAUUAUCCCGAAACGGUUUGAAAUCAGCCCAACAAAACCGGCAGUGUCAACAACGCCCGCAACAUCAUUCAAUGCUCGUCCCACCAGCAGUCCCAUUGCUGACUUCACAUUUAAGCCACAGCCUGCGAUAAACAAUUCCAGAGCAUCAGCCACAUACCGAUUCACUGAGCCCAUCCUCAUUAAAUCCGCAUCAAAUUCAUUUGAACAGCACAAUAAACUGGGCAGUAAUAAGUCGGCGUACAAAUUCAGUGAACCAACAUUUAUAACCGAUAAACCAGCAGGUAAUGUGGCCAAAACGGACACCCAAAAAUCAUUAGCUAAUUUAAAAUUAGGAUCGAAACCGAUCAAAGGAGUAUCGAGUGACAGUGGCAUUGAAACGACUCAAUCGUUUGGAUCAAAUGCCAACAAAUCAACGGGUCUAUUCGCAACAAAACCGUCAUUCGGUACCAGCACAGACAAUGGAUUCAGUGCAGGUAAAACAGUGUCAUCGCUUUCAACGCAACUCCAAGAUGAUGACACAUUCAAAUCACUUGUUGUGAAGCAAAAACAAGGCAAAUGGGAAUGCAAAGAUUGUUUGGUAUCGAAUGUGGCGACAGCGAGCAAAUGUGUUUGUGGUGGCAGUGCGCCACAGAAAGGUGAUGCACCAGUCAAAGCUGCACAGAGCCAACCAGCUGCCGCUGCUGUCGACGAUGUAUUCAAAUCGAUUGUGGCCAAGCAAAAGCAAUCCAAAUGGGAAUGUAACGACUGUAUGACAUCAAAUGAUCAGGCACAAUCAAAGUGCGCUUGUUGCGGUGCAGCCAAUCCAAAUGCAGCGCCAAGUAGUGUUACCGAUAGCAAAGCAGCUGCACCGCCGAAACCAACAACAACAUUCAGUUUCGGGUCAUUGCCAUCGUCUUCGACAAAAAGUUCCAUGCCGGCAUCAUCGAAGCCCGUCGUCAGUGUAUUCAAGGCCAUUGUCGAUAAGCAAAAGAGUACAUGGGAAUGUUCGGCAUGCCUUAGUGCGAAUGAUAUGUCAAAAUCGAAAUGUUGUUGCUGUGAGCAGUCACGAGACGUGACAAAAGGAGCUACAACUAGUGGAGCAGUGCCUGAAAAACCACAAUUCUCCUUCGGCACCGGUGCAUCGUUCGCACCAAAAAGCACUUUUUCAUUUGGUUCGAAUUUAGCUUCGGGAAGCAGCGCUAUCACCACCGCCGCCCCUGCUACUGUAAGUGCUGCUCCAACAUUCUCAUUCGGCACUGGAGCCGCAAAGACAACUCCGUCUGCUCAAUUCUCGUUUGGAACCUUGAAGGCACCGGAAUCCACUCCAACGGUUGCUUCAAGCAAUGGCAAAACCGAAGACAAAGCCAAAGAACCGGUACAAAAGACGCCAGUUUCCUUUGGAAACGCAACCACCUUGCCUUCAACCAGUAAAAUGGAAACCAAACCUGAACCAGCUGCUGCCGCUCAAGUUGCAGCUGAUAAUAUUUUUAAGUCGAUUGUAGAGAAGCAAAAGAAUUCGUCGUGGGAAUGUUCAUUAUGUUUGAGCAAAAAUUCGAAUGACAUUGAAAAAUGUGUAUGCUGUGAGACGCCAAAAGAAGGCACCGCAUCGAAAGACAACUCAAUGAAGGAAUUUGGUAGUUUAGCGUCAAGUCAGAAAUUCUCAUUUGGUUCACCAAGUGGCGGCAGUACAUUUAGUUUUGGCUCAAAGCCAGAAAAUAAACCUGGUUUUCAAUUUGGCAGUGCAGCGAGUAGUACAACAGCAACGGCAACCGCAACAUCAACCGUAACGUCGACUACAUCAAGCAUAUUCGGAAGCAGCAGCACUCAAACACCAACAUUCAAGCCAACGACAACCGAAUCGGCAGCACCAAGUCAAUCUGCAGCUUUGGCUGGGUUCAAAUUUGGAUUUGGAUCGUCGUCGUCAACAAAUGCACCGAUAUUUGGGUCGAAGAUAGCAUCAAAAGACGAAACGGAUACCGGUCCAUCUGCAAUUACAAACAGCGACAAAGGUGUUACAGUUUUGGAGAAUGUUUUGAUCAAACCAUCCACAAAUGGACCGACCGACGCACCAACAAAGCCACUAUUUUCAUUUGGCCAAAGUGUGACAACUUCAACCACUGAUGAUACGGUACCCAAGGCACAAAAACGAUCGAAUACUGAUCAGGCUGAUAAUAAUAUUCUCAACAAGUUCCCGGCCACAACAACAAGCUCGAAUGCUCCAUUCGUAUUUGGACAACCACAGAAACCGAAUAACACCUUCAGUGCCAUUGCAUCGUCGAGCCCGACAACAAAUAUUUCACAAGAAUCGAAUACUGCAACGGCGACAGCAGUGACAGCACAAAAGCCAACAUUUGCAUUUGGCAUGGGCAAAUCAGCGACAAGUGCAUUCCCAACAGCACAACCAACAUUCGGUAAUCCAAACGCUGCGAAUACAACAUUUGCAUUUACCGCUAGCAAUACAGCAGCAACAACCACAGCAGCAAGUCCAUUCGGUGCACCCGCUGCAGCUCCUGCUCCUAGUCAACCAGUUUUCGGCUCGAAUGCAUUUUCAUCGCAAUCGCCAGCGUCGAUGCCAACGCUUGGCGGUUUCAAAGCUGGUCCAACAUUCGGAAGCUCUGGUCCUGUUUUUGGCACACCAUCACCAAACACUGAGGCUCAACCACAAGCAACACCGUCAGCAACCUCAGGAAUAUUUCAAUUUGGCACAGGUGCUCCACCAUCCAGUGAACAACAACCACAACGUGGUGGUUUUAACUUUUCGCUAAAUACACCUCCCACAUUCAAUUUCACCGAACAAACUCCACAACAGCCAAAUGUGCCGUUCCAGUUUGGGGGCGCUCCUGACGUACCAAAUAUUUUUUCGGCCCAACCAUCAGCGAAUGCAACUGCAAUUCAGCAACGAAAAAAGCUUCGACCAGUUCGACGUAUCAAUCGACCUUAAGCAGAUUUAUACUUAUGUCAAACUAAUACCAUGAUACUACGAUUAGCAUUAUGAAACCCGUGUUAUAAUUCAACGUAGAUCGCAGCGUGUCAAAUUUGUUAAAACACACAACACACAGUUAUGGCUAGUUCACAGUGAAUUUUCUAAAGAAAAUCAACAGCAACAACAACAACUAUACUACGCAAAGAGUUAAAUCUUCGCUCUAAUCAUCAACAAAUCGAACACGAUACCACACAUACACACACAUAUAUACAAAUACACCCUGAAAUGGAUUCAAUAUUUAUAAUUUUCAUUUUUCGAAAAUGUUUAAUAACAAACUAUAUAUAUUUUUUUGUUUAAAAAGUUUUUAUCGAAAGUCACACUGUCGAUGAUGAUGAUGAAUCAAAAAAAAAAAAAAAAACAAAUAAUAACUGUGUCAAAGAAAAAAAAAACAAAGAAGUGAAACAAUGAGAUUUUGUUAGAAUUCAUUCGUCUGGCUUAAUUAGAUAGCUGUUUUUUUUUUUCAUUUUAAGUGAAACUACAAUGGUUUUUCUUUUCAAAUUGUGGCCACUGAUCGUGUAGCCACAAUUUCACAUUGUUUCUGAAUUAUUAUUUCUUGGUUACUAAAAUAUUCAAAUACAAAUUCUAUUCAACGGCA